GGAACGAAUCCAAGUUGAGCUAAGCCAGCUAAGUGUGGUCGCUCAUGCGAUCGGCGCUAUGUAGCAAAAUAAUGUUUUGUCUUUUAUUUUCAUUUUUGACCAUUUGCUCGAAAUUUGUACUUUGCGUAUAUCACGAAAACACGCAAUGCACUUUAGACGAUUGUGAAUACAAGCCUCACGGACCACUAGUCCUCUGCAAAAACUUGCCAUUAGAUUUCCUGCAGUGCUCGGACAUCUUGGACCUCCAAGGAAAUGAAACUGCGCGGGAAGAGUUGGGCUAUGGUUGCACCAAGUUUGGAGGAUCCAAAUACGAAGACGUCCAGUUUACUGCAGUCAACUGUUCUGUUCUGCCCAAUAUCGAGUGUUACGGCAACCGCACUUUUUUAAAAGACGGCUUUCCGUGCAUUAAGUACACUGGGCACUACUUCACAACAGCGCUUCUCUAUUCAAUACUCUUAGGCUUUUUGGGAAUGGAUCGCUUUUGUUUAGGCCACACAGGCACAGCAGUUGGAAAGCUGCUAACACUUGGUGGCGUUGGCAUCUGGUGGAUAGUUGACAUUGUUUUAUUAAUAUCUGGUAAUUUGAUGCCACAAGAUGGCAGCAAUUGGAUGCCCUCUGUGUGAAAAAUGUUGGUUGUUACUGGCUCUUCAUCACAUGUUAUUCCUUCUCCCAUGGAGAACCAUAGUCAUCACUGUAACUUUGGUUGAUUGCUUAUAAGCAUACCUGCCGCUUUAUUCAUACAUCAUGCUAAGAUGACAUUACAGUGCAGAAGGCACAUAUGUCUGACUAUUGUAAAUUGGUUUCAGCCUCUGCACACCUUGCUUUGACAUUGUAAUUUGACAUUAUUUGUGUUUUAACAAAUAAUAUAAAUGAUGUAGCAGUUUGUCUAUUGCUUUAGUGAAAUGUAUGAUCAAGCAUUGAAGCUGCUGUGGUGACUGCAUAAAUGUUUUUUCAGCCAUUUGUAUUCUAGUGAAUGUUUUUUAAAAGAAAGUGUGUGCUUGUUCUUUAGUGCAUGCUUUCAGAAUGUGCCCUAAAGCCAGCCCUUAGGGCUCUACUGUCAGUGUCUGUUGAUUUGACUAUAGCUAAUUUCUAAUUUGGCAUGCUUUCAAUCCAGCCAAAUUUAGUACUUAUGCAUUGUAAAUUAUUCUUUUAAUUGGAGCAUUGGAUAAUUCAAACCAUGCAUUUGCAUGUCCUAUCAAAGUCAAACACAAGUUGGCUGUAUUAUAUAUGAACAGUAAUUAAAGCUUCAUAUGUUGCAUAUUAUGUUGUUAACACUGUUUCAAAACGGGCCAUUUUUUGCUGACAUUACGAUUUUCUGCAAACCUGUAGUGAAAACUGCAGGUUUUCAGAACCUGGUGCUUCUGUAGAAUGCAUCUAAAGUGGAAUUAUAUCCUUCAGACCCUGUGUCUACACAUGCCAAUUUAAUGCCUCACAAUUGCAAGAACUUACAAAAAGAAGGAAAUUUAUGACAUGCUGUAUAUAUCAUAAGAUGUUUAAGAAUCUGUAAACGGUUACAAAGAGCAUCAGAAAAAAAAAAUUUGGAAGAGACGUGCGCCUUUUUACUAGUAAUGCCAGUAUGUGUUCACGUAGCAGGUUUUUAAAAUUAUUUCUUUUGGCAGUAAUUAUUUAAUGAGAGCAGCAUUCCAGGCAAGUUGUUAAACUAUUACUUAAGUAUUAUUGUGCAACAAAAAAGACACAGACGUAAGAGUUGGUGUGUGUUCUUCUUCUUUUACGUCCGUGUCUUUUUUGUUGCUUGUGCAAUAAUACUUCAGUAAUUAUUUAUUCCAGACAAAUUUCUAAAAGGACCGGUUGUCAUUAGAGUACACAAUACAAUUCCAUAUUUUAAAGUACUCAUAAUUGAAGCAUGUAGUUCACUUUGUAGAAGCAUUUGAAUUCUGAAAACUUACAUUUUAAACUUGUUCUGCUGCUGUCUGAAUUUAUAGAUGCUAAGGCUGCAAGAAAUGUCAUAACGAAAAUUUUCAGCUGACAGAAUUGAUUGUGUCUAUUAUUAGCUAGAAUUGCUAUUUUCUACGUACUUAGUUGCAGUCAGUACCUUGCUGCAAAGAUAUUUGGAUGUCACAUCUGAUCUCAAGAAAGUAAAGGCCAGCCAGUCAGUCAGCUGUGCUUGGGCAACCUUCACUUCUUUUUAAUAGGGCAUGCAUGUAUGUAUGCCUAGCUGAGCAAGGCACAUUUGUGCAUUCAUGUGCAGUAAUCCACAUAUUUAACCUGAAAACUUCAAGAAAGUUUCCAGAACUUGUCGCUGGCUUAUUAGCAUUCAGGUCUCACCAAGUGACAAUUAUAUGAUCUGUUCUGUAUAAUAGCACAUUUGGCAUCAGUACUUUUCUGCUCAUCUGUAACCCACACCUCUGUGUCUGAUCUGUAGAGUGGGCCCCUCUUUUGCUGAUAUUUGUGUUUGUUGCAAUGAAAAAAAAAAAAUGAAACAAGUAAUGCAGAAACAGUGGCAGGGAGCUUCACAGACAAGUGAAAACAACAGGGCACUCAAUGUGCUAAAUUUAAAUUUGGACUUGUGGGUCAUAUAUGACAGUUGUAUUGAUGAAAAAUAUUCUGUCACUUACACUUGACUACGAAGCACAAUAGCCACUGUAAAGCUUGAGAGAAUUCUAAAGCUAUCAGAAUGCAGACCACUACACACUAAUCUGCACCUUCUAAUGAAAAUAUUGCAGUGCUUAGCUAUAAAUGUUGAGAACUAGGCCAAUUCAGUUUUCUUAUAACCAUUUCCUGAGAUACAAAAAAACUUUGAAUAGCACUUGCCAUUUCCUUUUUAUUUUUUUCAUUGACCAUGUUUCAGUUUGACAUCGCUUUGCACCGUGCUGAAACAUUGCAAUGCCUGUGUGUAAAUUGUAUGUACAGAGUGGUUUUGGAACUUGUUCUUGUAUAGAUGCCCUAGUUGUACAUACGUGGUCAUAUUUGCCUUUUCUUUUUGUGUGUGUGGGUGUAUGCUUUUGAUGAAUAAAGUGGCUUUAAAUGACGA